GGAAAAAAUUAAACUGCGCCACAAGAUGUCAGCGUUCCGUCCAUCUUUGUGUGAGGACGCCAGCUGCCCACCAUACUGCGCCAUGGCGGACUCAGAGUGCAACCGGCGGGGUUACCGGAUGGCUGACAACGGAGCAAAACCAGAUCGGAGUCGUAACGCAGUGGACAGUAUCCAGUGGAAAUUCGGGGCUCCACAUACUAUAUCCAUGAGUACAUCCUCGUCACUCACCUGAGGAUGAGCUGGACUGAAGCUCAAAGCUACUGCAGAGAGCAGUACGGUGACCUGGCCGCAAUAUCUGAUGUGGAGGUCAACAGCAGGACUGGGAGGAGCCCUUCUGGAUUGGCUUAUAUGAAGACGUCAGCAGCUGGAAAUGGUCUCUGAUGGGUGAACAUCACUACACAGGAGUCGUGGAGGACUACAGGCAGUGGCAGGAAGAUCAAUUGGACAACGCAGGAGCAAACAAGUGAUCUUUAUCUGACAACAUUAAUGUGAAGCUAUCCUCAAACGAUGAAAUGAGCACAUGUCUUAAACUGAUCGAUACUCAGUAUCAACAAAGCAGCUUGACAGGAGACACAGGCACUAAUUUUUAGUUUCUUACCAAUGUUUUUCUUUCAACCAUGACCUUAUAACUUCAUGAGUCAGGAACCAUGGCUACAACCAGUGGCAGCUCUAGCUUUCACGACACCCUGGGUGAACCUCACCUCGAGCGCCCAAAGUCAGUUGUUACCUGACUUGGUCCCCUGGUCCCCAGUUGUGUCCAAAUUCUCACAGUCAGAACUGAAGGCCAGUUAGCAGGUCAGUGGACAGAGGCUCAUCCACAAGAGACGACUCUGCUCCAGGCAUUUCUAAUGGCGAGCACAAGGGCAUUAGUAUACACACAUUAUUCACAGUGUUUAUAGUGCAGAACAUCACACAUACCCAUUUACAACAACAUAACUUUUUGCAAAACGCUUUGUAGGGAUGCACACACACACACACACACACACACACACACACACACACACACACACACACACACACACACACACACAAAUUCACACCUGAGUCUUGCUGGGGAGAAGUAAAGGCAAAUGAGUCUUCAUGCCAUUUAAAAUGUCCCCUGCAUUUGCAUUAAAAUACAACAUAUAUGAUCAAUGUAUGAACAGCACAAUUAAAUAAACCUAUUAUUAAGCAUAAUGUAUCCAAGUUGUAGAAUAGGACACAAAUGAAUAACACAACCGCCUUGGUUGCAGAGGAAAUAUCUGUGAAAUGUACGUCUUUUGAAUUAGCUUAGAGAACUGAUCAUUAACUUCAAUGAGCAACACAGGACCUAACGUGAUGUUUAACAAACAAUAUGUGAACUAGUCAUGUUGUGUUACAUUAUUAGGGUGAAAUAAUUAGAUGUAAUGUUUGCUGGUCAGUUGGACUGAAAACAGAUGCUGUCGUCAUCUACAAUUAUAGCCAGCAGUUUAGCAAGAGGCUAACAAACAUACGAGUUAACCUAACUUAUACUGACGUUAUUUCAUCUCAUUACAUGCAUGGUCACACUUAUGAAGAGUAUUUGACAUGGCUCCAUGCCUUUAUCUUUUGCUCAUUUCCCUCUUCUUCGUUCUCUUUUUCCUGAACUGGGCACCUGAUGGCUGUGUCCUCUCCUUAUCCAUUUGUUUAUUUGACACUCGGGAAUCAACACGUGACCCCUUCCAAAACCGUCAAUCAAGAGUUAAGACUAAACCAAUUCACCUCGUUUUGUAAUAUAUUUAAUUAUUUAAUCAAACCCCCAAAACAUAUGUGAAACUAUGGGCUUUUAUUCACAAUAUUAUCAUGACUGAAAUGUGAAAUGUCCUUCAUGGGGAAGGAAUUCUUGAUAUGAUUGACUUUAUCCUACUAACUGCAUUAGUUGUGCACUAUUAGAUGAAUGAAUCCCCCGCUCCAGUAGGUGAGCCUGUCCCCACCCUGCCCCCCUUUCCUUUCUUCCACAAACUCUGAGACUCCCAGCAGCAGCAGACGCACCUUUAUAGAACAGAGGGCGCUCACACGGCAUCAUGACAUCAUUUGCCCUUUUUACACAGCGUCUCCGCAUUAUUUCCGGAGCGGUGGUUCGCCAAUUCUCCGCCGAUGGUGAUUCACACAGAGUGAAGCUGCUCUGCCAUACCUCCCUGUAAUUCACACAGAGAGCCGGCGCUGCGGCUCCUAAAGAGGCGUGACUGUAUACGUCAUUUUGAUGAUGUCAGUGUUGAAGACGUUUAAAGAUGUUUUCUUAAUUUGCGUGUGUUUGUUUUAUUUGCAUAUGUUGUCUUACCUUCCAGGGUGUUGAGUGUACGCUCACUUUGCACAAACAUCUCUGCUUCAAAUGUCUAGAACUCCACAAUGGUUCUCACUAAGAUGGAAAUGCUCAAAGAACAAAAACAUACCACCACUUAGGCCUACUUGUGGUCAAGAACCAUUUAGUAUCCAAACUCCAUGAGGAAAGGAGGCAUUAGAGACAACAACAGGAGAUCAUGGAGGAAAGGUUGAAGAAGCUGCUUCUCUUUGACGGUGGCUCUGAUCAGUAUGUGCUGGUAACCGAGCAGAAGAGUUGGUUUGAUUCUCAGAGCUCCUGCAGGCAGCACCACACAGAUCUGCUGUAGAUGUUUCUCCCAGCUCUUUAACGGUUACAGAUAAAUGGCGUGGUUACAAAGUGCCAUCCCCUUCAUCGGGAUCAUCCUUUUGUUUCAGAAGACCACUGCUGCGAAUCCAUCACAGCGGUUUCACCUCAUCACUGAGUCCCUGACCUGGCACGAGGCUCAGAGCUUCUGCAGGGUAAAGCACGCCGACCUGGCCACCGUGAACCACAUGGACGACAAGAAUGAGCUGGACAAGACGCUGGGCGGUCGCACGACGUUAAGCUGGAUCGGGCUUUUGAGAGGAGGGACCCGUAGGUGGAUGUGGUCUGAUGGCAGGGGCGCGGCGCACUUCACCCAUUGGGGGGGCGGUGGACCCAGUAAUAACGAUGGCAUAGAGUGGUGUGGAGAGAUCUCUCAGACGACCUGGUGGAAUGAUCUAUCAUGUGGAGAGGAAAACGAUUUUGUGUGUUAUGAACGCCAGCCGUUCAGGUAUGUGCACUACAAAGAAGGAAAAAGCUGGGUGGCCAGUCAGGAGCUGUGCAGAAGUAAGCACACUGACCUGGCCUACGUGACAACCUCAGCGCAAAAUUCUCAAAUUGCAGAUUUAGUCAAAUCAUGGACGGGCAUUAUCGGGUUCAACAACAAAGCGUGGUUUGGUCUGUUCAACGACGCUUGGAUGUGGUCAGAUGGAGGACAAACCUCCUUCAGGUACUGGCAGAGCGGCAAGCCGAAUGGAGGAAGCUGUGCUGCUGUGUCGGCGUCAGAGCAGGGACGCUGGGUUGAUAUCAACUGUAACAGCAAGACUGCGUUUGUCUGUCAGGGAGGUCUCAAAGUGAAGAAGAUGGUAAUAAGGAUAAAGCUGCGCUCUGAUGCAGAUCUCACCGACUCUGCUGUCAGUGACACAAUCCUGAAAGAGUUUGAGACACGCCUGAAGGAUCGGUACGUGACUGAUUUCAGUGUCCGCUGGCGAAGUGACAAAAAUGGAGUCGUCUUCCAACGUCAAGAGCAGCAGGAGGUCGCUGAGAAGACGGCCAUGGAACCUCAAACCAUCUUCUUCACAGCUGCAGGUGUUUUCCUGAUGCUCCUCGUGGAUGUUGCUGGAGAGUUAAAGGCAUGCGAAAGAGGAACUCGUCUGUUUCACUACAUAAACACCCCCAAGACGUGGAGUGAAGCUCAGGGCUUCUGCAGAGCGAACUACGCCGGCCUGGUGACCCUGAACAGCAUGGGGGAGCACGUGCAGCUGGUUCAGAGUAUUCCCGAUGCCAAUGUGAGCGGCAUCUGGAUCGGCAUGGAGAGAUCAGAGACUGAGCGGUGGGUUUGGUCCGAGGGCGUCGGGGAAGUCGCAGCUGUUUUCAGCUGGGAAAUUGGCAAAGAAUAUGGCGACUGUGUGCAGAUGGAACCAAACGGGAGCUGGGCCGCCAACCAGUGCAGCGACCAGAAGGCUUUUCUGUGCUUUGACUGUGACAGUAACGGGCUAGAGAGGUACUUCCUAUAUACCCAAAAUAUGUCAUGGCGAGACGCUCAGCUCUACUGCAGACAGAAUCACACCGACCUGGUCAGUGUGAAGACUAAGCAGCAGAAUGUAGAGAUUCAAGACCAGGCCAAGGGCAACACCAUCUGGAUCGGGCUGAUCAGAGAGGGCUGGAUGUGGUCUGAUGGAAGUCAGACCUCUUUCAGGAACUGGGAUGAAAGCAGUCCUGAUAAUGGGGGAGGUGCUCAGAACUGUGUUGCGAUCCUAAAAUCCCUCCAGCAUCAGUGGGAUGACAGCACAUGUGAUGUCAGCUAUCCUUUUUUCUGUCAAGGCGAACUGAAAACGAAGACAACUGUGGUGAAAGUGAGAAUCAGCGCUGGGGUCAAUCUGGACAAUGAGAGGGAAUCACUGCUGAAGCAGAUUCAGGCACAGCUGGAGGCGCAGGGUUUGAUGGGAGUUAAAGUCCGCUGGCGCACUGACGCAAACAAUCAAGUCUUCAAACAGGAAAACGAUGAUGGACCAGAUAAACAGGUUGUUGAAGGCAGGAGCUGUCAAAGACUCUGAUGGUGUGGAGCUUCUCACUGAAGAAAAAUACAGUCAUACUGAUUAAAUUCAAGUCUACUCGAGAGUCUUAACUCAAGGUCAAAUCGCUAGCUUUUUUUGGGCUUUCAACCACAUCUUAGAUUGUUGCUCCACUGAUAGAGUUUGUCUAGUCGUCAUGAAGAUAGCUAGCUUUACUGCUCCCUUUCAGAAGAUGGUGCUACUGGAGAAAACACACUGUAUAGAUGAUUGAUGAAAGGCCUUAAGACUCAAAAAAGGCUUGGUAAUUCUCAUUGACUGCUAUAAUCUACUAGGUGAUAAAUGUUGUGUGUUGGAUUUAAAUAAUUUCACAAUAAACUUGGCAUC